CCAUCCGGCAGAUGGCUGUCGCGCGAGUGUGUACCAAACGGCUGCUGUCAUGGCGGUCGAAUAGUUGACGAAAUCGCGCGGCUCGUUGGGUAUCACUUGUUUUUAUUAUCACCCAAUUAAACACGCCAUAUAGUUUACCGUCGAUGGGAACGUUUUUUUUUAAAUCGUGAACUAGUUUCAUAACAUGGCACCCAUACCUUCGCCUCUGGAAGGUCAUCAAAUGGCCGGGAUGAUGGUUCCUGCCGGCCAAGGUGGUGGUGGAGGAGGACCUGGCGGAUCCAUCUCGUUGACCGUGUUGAUAGACUUUAUUAUCCAAAGGACUUACCAUGAACUCUCUGUGCUCGCCGAAUUGCUUCCCAGGAAAACUGACAUGGAAAGGAAAAUUGAAAUCUACCAGUUUGCUUCUCGGACAAGACAGUUAUUCGUCAGGCUACUGGCUCUCGUCAAAUGGGCAGCCAGUGUGUCUAAAGUUGACAAAUCAGCAAACAUCAUGGCUUUUCUUGAUAAGCAGUCUAUGAUCUUCAUUGAGACUGCUGAUGCACUAUCAAGAAUGGCCAGAGAAACACUUGUCCAUGCCAGGCUACCCAACUUCCACUUGCCAGCAGCUGUUGAGGUGCUGACUCUUGGGACUUACUCUCGCCUGCCACUAGUAAUUCGUGACAAAAUCAUCCCACCAGAUCCAAUAACAGCAGUAGAGAAGAAAAACACUCUAUCAAGACUCAGUCAGGUGAUUGAAUAUCGACUUGCCACCACGACUUUGCCGACCCAAAUGCGCAAAAACAAGAUUGAGAAUGGUCGUGUCAAAUUUACGGUGGACCACGAAUUCGAGGCUACUCUGACUCUCAUGGGUGAUGGGCCUAAUGUUCCCUGGAGCUUGCUAGACAUCAACAUCCUGGUGGAAGACAAGGAAACGGGAGAUGGGAAAAGUCUUGUGCAUCAAUUUCAAGUUCAAUUUAUCCACGAACUUCUCCAGUCUCGCCUCAGGGACUGCGACAAUCCCCUGCUCGAACUGUACACAGUUUUACACACAUUUAGCCAGUCUCUUCAGUUGGAGGUGCUCCAUUCCCAAACGAAACGACUGUGCCAGGAGCGCCUGGGCGAAUUGAUUCGCGUCGAGGAAUACGUGACAGGGCGUAGCCUGACCAUUUCUUAUUGGAAGGAUCUCGCAAGUCGCGAGUUAAAGUCGGAUUUGGGUUACAGGGUGACAGCCCAAGUAUGCACUUCGCAUUCGGGUGGCUCGGAAGUGAUUGGCAAACCUCUGCAGAUCCUCCAUAAUCCACCGCUGUCAACCAAGGACUCUGAAAUGGCCGAACAGUCGAUCCGUUCCGAUCACCUCUCACUGGAAAAGCUUUUAACUCACACCAUUUAUAUGAGAACACGUACUCGCCUUUCCGAGCUCAAAGUGGAGUUGCAACCCAAAUUGGGACAUCAGCAGACAGACUGCGUUGUUCAGGGAUCACCUCCAGUCCUCCAUCUUCCUAUUCUAUCGCCUUGCCUUCGGUCCGAGCAGCUACUCAUCACUGUCGAUACACGCACUGGCAGCCUACAAGCUCACAUCCCCCAGGACGAUCCACCAGCACCGCUCAUGAAUGAAUUACAAAACACAUUAAAUGGAGACAAGAGUCGCUUUGAAGCAGCCAUUGGAGAACUUCGAUUCUGGAUCACUCAGCGUCGCUGUCAGAAAACCCUCCAACAUUUGCCCGUCUCUGUCUACGACAAAUUGCCAAUCAUGUUUGCGGCCGACAGUCCAAUGACCCGCUUGAGCAAGCACAAAUUCUUUCUUCGACUUCACAAACAUCCCAACUCAUGGAUCGUAGUUGAAUUUAAGGAAAAAGCGAAAGACAUUGAUUAUGUCUGUCAUUUGGUAAUCGUCAAGCCUGUACCUAUUGAAGAGAGUAUGCCUACAGAUGAGACUCCUAUUGACUUACCAAAGAUGUACUACAAGGUGAUGGAAGUGAAUGAGUUAGACAUGUUUUUGCUGACUCACGGCCCUUGCACAGCUAUUGAGACCCAGGAAGUUGCCGUAACCAACAAACGUAAGAGAGAAGGUGGUGCUCUAGAAGUAGCCCGUGAUUCGACUCCCGGACCUUGCAAACGCAGCAAACACCCGGCGUACUUGUUGCCGGAUCUUUCGCACGUGGUGGCUCUGUGUGACGAGCGAAUCCCCUUCGCUUCUCUUGCCAGUCAGCUGACUAAACGAGACAUCCUUCACCAGGGAUUGACAGUUGAAGCACUAGGAGCCGGGCUAUCUCUCAAGCUGGUUAGUCUGCCUCCAGUAGAAGGUGUAAGCCGUGAAGCAUUUAACGACCUGAACCGUCGCAUGUUGACGGCCACAAUUCGGAUGCAAGUCAAAGGAUCGCGUGCCUGGAUGCUGGAAUUUCUCUUCCACGGUUCGCCACUCGGCUCGGUUUCACCCACCGAACAAGGAUCACGAUUUCCCGUUUACCUGUCCUACGACGUUACAACGGCUGAAGAUGCUGGUCGAACUGUGGAUGCCAUCCUGCAGGACUGGGCUCACAUUGCCAACUUGUACGCCUCCGUCCUGAGCUUAGCCAGCGUGAUGCAAACAAGAGAAGAGAGACAACAUUUUAGCGUCAAGAGCUACAACUUUAAGAAGCUCGUUCUGGGUUAUGGUCCAGCUCGUAUGGCCACGGCUGCCGUCACUUGGAAAUCCCACGAACGUCGGUUCCAUUUGGGACUGGGUUGUUCCGGCCAGUUGGGCUCCAAUCCUCACAGCCCACUUCGGGAGCAAUUGGAAUUUUUCCUCAAUAAGGAACGCAGUUGCGGUUACUUGGCCCGCGUUCUUCACGAGACGUACGAACCACUUGCAUCCAUUGCCAAACUUCCCUCAACUCUACAAGUGGGUCUCCUAUCGACCAAGCCUCCUAUUCCCGUUCAGACGUUCACUGUCAUGGCUCAUUCGCCAACACAUAUUCGAUUGGCGUAUUGCAACCUCUACUGUCUAGACAUUCACCUUCAGUCGGACGGACAGGUUUCAAUCCGAGAUGGAGCCUUUAGCGUUUUUGACAAGAGUAAAGUCAUCGAAGAAUUUGGCCCAACUCAGGGUCUCAAGGCUUUCCUCUCCAAAUAUGUUGACGAAGCGGCGUUGUCACGAAGACGGUCUCAAUCUGAAGACGACCAUCCACCUUCGCCCAUCAUGGAACAUACCAAUGAACCGUCACAUUUUCUUGGACAUUCGAGGUCUUCCGGAGCAGCCGGAGCUUCGCCUGCGGGUCAGCAACGAGGAGAUCUUGCUGGACUUCGAUUCCAGACUCCGUUGACUCCUUCGGGAACCAGCAAUCCGCACACUCCGGCCAGCCCUCACAUGGGCAAUAUCACGCAGCAACAAGUUCAGUCACAAGGACAGCAUGGAUUUGGUUCUAGUCCAGCUACGUCUUCUUUUUCUUUGGCUUCACCACCCUCUAUUCCACCUUCCGGUGGAGUCAAUCCAUCACCUUCAAUGCUGCCUCAUCCGUCACCCGUGGGCCCCGGAAGUGCCUUCGGCAUUGCCAGCUCUCCACUUCCCAAUCCGCUUCACGCUCCCAGUCCAGCCGGUAUGCUGCCCACUCCUUCACCUAAUCCAGCCGGCAUGGGUGGUGGUUGUCAUAAUAUCGAAAGCAGCCCAUUCCCACCGCAAAGUUUAGCUUCGCCAGCUCCUAAUAAUUGGCCCGGAUCGCCUGGAAUGCCGCGCCCUUCACCCGCCCGACCGGGAGGCCCUCCGUCUGCAGCUGCCAGUCAUCAUAGCCCCCAUGGAGGACCGUCCGGCUCUGCUGGCGGUGGUUUUGGUGGCUCAUUCGUUUCUCGUGUCCUACCGCAACGCUCCUGGGCUGGAGCUGUCCCGACAAUCUUGACUCACGAAGCUUUUGACGUCCUGUGUACUCCAAGUACUCUCCCAGGUGAAAUGGAUGAGACUUUCUCUGCUGGAAGUAUGAUGGCGCCACUUGAACGCUUUCUGGGUUGCAUCUCCAUGAGAAGAAGUUUACAACGUAUCAUUCAAGAUUCACAAGAUUGCCCGUCCGCGCUACCCAUUACCGAGCCCGGAGUCAUUGCUUUCCGGUGUGAAUCACUACAUGGCCGCGUAACAGUCAACCCCAUGCACAUGCAAAGCUUGAUACUGAAGCUGAGCCCCAGUGGGCCCGAGUACCGCGAGCAGUGGGCGCUCGAGGAACUGCAGGUGCUUGAACGCUUCUUUGAAGUCCGUGUCAUGGCCAUCCCGUUCAAGCCGAUGGCGAUCCACGCUUUUUGUCGCCUGCUGAACGCAUCUCAUCACAUCCUCCGCGAUCUGGUUCAACUGAUGAAGCUUGAACUUAUGCCCAACGCUUUCGGCCAGCAGACCUUCAAAUGGAGUGUUCAAUUUUGCCUGACUGUCCCUCCUUCAGCCCCUUCCAUCGUGCCGGUUGGUGCCUCCUCUGUUUUGACAGCUCGUAACAAAAUGCUCUUUUUCCUCUACAUCAGACGCCUUGGGAUGUUGCCAGAAGCUGAAGGGGCUUCAUUAGUGCUGCCUCUUGUCUACGACUCCAUCAAUAACGUCACGCAAUUAGCAGAGCGUCGUGACCCGGCUGCUGGUAACAUGGGAGGGUUAGGCCCUGUGACCAACACCGCAAGCGUGAUGCUCAAACGGUUUGGCGAAUGCAGUCACAUGAUGGGCCUGCAACCGGGCGAGUGUUCCAUCUACUUAGCUGUUCGAUAUCUCCUUGCCAAUUUGACACUGCCCAACGAGCCUCCCGCUAUGGCUGUAGGCGCCGGAAACCCUGUCGAGCUCCAGCAGCAGCAGCAACAACAACCCAAUCAAAUGGUGCCAAUGGGUUUGGGAAGCGGUCCUGGAAUGGCCAACAUGGGUCCCGGAACGCCAAUCAAUCCGAUGCAGAUGCAAGCCGGUCCCAUGUCGAUGGGUGGAGGGCUACCGCAACAAGUUCAAACUCAGGGUCAAGUCAGUAUGCCAAUCCACAGUCCUUAUGGCCAGGCACCGAUGAGCGCCAACCCAAUGACACCCGUCAUGGGAAUGCCUAUUAACAACACCAUCGGCCCUGCAAUGGGUCAAGGUGGACCCGGCAACAUGCAGAUGCAGUGAUCCCUUUCUCCCCAAUUUAUUUUUUUCACGUUAAUUCAAUGUUACAAAUGGAAAAAAAAAGGAUAUUUCAAAUCCUUAGUUUUGAAAAAAAUUUCUUCUUCUUGGAGUAUCAAAAGAACCGUGGACGGAAAAUCAUCCAAACAAAUUUGUUUAUAUGAUUGUAAUACACAUGUGCCCAAAUUGAA